UCGGCUACUCAUGCCUUCCUUUGGCUGUUGGUUCUCAAUCUGCGAGGAGAUGGCUUCGGUGUGUAGAUCCGUUGCAAUGGCGGGAGCUAGGUCUGUUGCAUUUCGUUCCAGCAAUCUACUCUCUAAAACCCUUACACCUAAAGCCACCAUGACUUCCCCCUUUCCUCCUUCUACAAGAAUCGCUACCCGUGCUUCAAGUAUGGCCAUGGCGUUGGGAAGCCUGGAGUCUCUGAUGCCGCUUCACAGUGCCACUGCGUCUACUCGUCUCGUAUCCAUCAUCGCCGUUGACUCUAGCUGCUGGAGUUGGCUUUCUCAAGCCUUUGCAGUUCCUCGGUGAUGAAGAUCCACGGCCAUAGUAACCUAAAACCAAAUUGGUUUGCACUUGAAAGCUCAUAUUUGAAUUUCUCUGGCAGUCCUGAAACUUCAUUUCUUUCCCAUGUUUCAUUUGUACUAUUGUGUAAUGGGACAACAUAGAAUUUGCAUGUUGUUAUUGUAAGUGUUUUGUACCCUGUUCAUAUUAAAGGAAAGAACUAUGAGAGGUUCGGUUCAUUCAUU